AGCAAGGACCCUCCGCGUCACGCCCACAAGAUGGCGGCCGCGGGGCUCUUCCUGCCCUGCCUGGCGCCGCGGGGGUCGCUGCCUCCGCUCGGCCCCGCGGGACGCGGCUGCGGGGCAGCCUCGCCGUGAGCACUGCCCCGGCUUGCCGCAGGGCUCCCCGGGGAGGGCAGGGCAGAGCUGAGCGCGGGGUGUCUCACAGGCACCGGGUGUUCAGUCGCUGAGCGUGGGACGUCGCAUCGCAUCCGGGAUGGAGCUGGGGCGGUUGGAGUACCUGCAGGCGCUCGUCACCGAGUUCCAGGUGACGGACAGCCCAGAGGCCAAGGAGCAGGUUCUGGCAAACCUGGCCAACUUUGCCUAUGAUCCCAAAAACUACGAAUACCUCCGGCAGCUGCAGGUCCUGGAUCUGUUCCUGGAUAUGCUCACGGAAGACAAUGAGACCCUCGUGGAGUUUGCAAUCGGUGGCCUUUGUAACCUGUGCCUGGACAAAACUAACAAAGACUACAUCUUAGAGGCCAACGGGGUGGAGCCCAUCAUCAACUGCCUGUCCAGCUCCAACGAGGAGACAGUGAUGUCAGCAGUCACCACGCUGAUGUACCUGACCACGCCGCAGUCGCGCCAGCAGACCACGGCUCUGCCCGUGGUGGAGUGCAUGCUCCGCUUCUCUCUCUCCACCAGCAGAAGGCUGAGCAACCUGGCAACCCUCUUCCUGGAGGACUACUGCACACCCCUGCAGGUGGAAGAGGCCAGGAAUCUAAGCAAACACACAGCAGUGGGGAUUCCCCUCCCCAAGGACUGAAGCUGUCAGAACAGCGCGGAGCUGUUGAGAGGGAGACCUCUCUGCUUUCCCAGGCCUCCGCUUUCUGCUCAGCAAAAGUGUGUCAAGAACAACAGUAAAUAGGGAAAUUGGGUCAUACCAGCCCUGGAUUUUUGACAUUAGAGGACAGUAGGGCACCAGCAUGUCAGCCAGGCCAAGCACACAGUUAAAACUGGGAGCAAAUAUUUAAAAUAAAGCAGGUCAU